CUUGCACUUAUGCAUGAAUGCAUCUUGCAUGCACGAGAAGUCUCAGUGCAAAGGUUUCGAGUCAAAUACCACUCCCAGAUUCGUGAUUAUGACUUUCAGCCUGGAGCUCUUGUUCUGCUCCGGAAUAGCCGCAAUGAUGGAGACCUUCGUGAUAAAAUGCAACCUUGGUAUUUAGGCCCCUAUGUCAUGGUCUGCCAUAACAAACGCGGCUCGUACAUAAUAUCUGAACUUGAUGGUAGCAUCGGAAGGUAUGCCAUUGCAGCAUUUCGACUGCUCCCCUUC